AUUACUCGGUUGGGUGGACGUGUUUUGUACGCAUCGAAUUCACGACUUGUCAUGUGCACACAACGUUCCGAUAUCGUACAUGCCGAAGCUUUCGUUAAUAGUUUACGUGCUUCUCUUGAACAAAAUCCAGUUUUCGCGUCGCUUAAUAUUCAAGCUAUAAAGUUCUGGGAUGUAUUACUGUGGGUCGAUGCGAAUGAUUAUAUCGGAUUGAAUUUGAGUGAAACUGAAGAAGAUCACGAACUGACUGUGAAACUUAACACAUCGAAAUUCAUUGAAGAAAGGCGUUAUCGCGAACUUUUCGAGCAAAUUUUGAUUGGAUAUCUUGUUCUCGUGGCUCGCAACGUCAAAACAAUGGGAAGUGUGGAGGAGCAAAAAGCUUAUCGCUCGAGGCUUGUUAAUAAUGAAGUUAGCGAACAAAUGUUUGACAUUCUGCAUAGCUUGCCGACAGAAACGGAGCCUGAAGAUAGCCUUGCCGCACAAAAGUCGGUUGGCCUUCUUGUUAAAGCAAUCUCGCAUUUCAUUGCACUCGAUCCUGCAGUCAGCGAUUCGAUGAGAAAGUUGCGCUAUCAAUUGAUGUGUAUGAUGGAGGCUGACGAGGCAACACAAGAAGCGGAAUGGCAACCACUGGGCUUGUCCUAUACGUUGACGCAGUUGUUUUGCUCGGUUUGUUGUCAGUCGAGCGAUUUGGAUGUUUGU